AAAAAUUGGUAUAAAAACGCGAAAUUGUGCAGAGCAACGACCAUAUUCUUAAGUUUGCAUGUAUGGAAACUUGACUUGAUUCAAACAGGAGGAAAUGAUAUCAAAAGUCUGCCUUGCGAUAUUCGUCGCGACAAAUUUAGCAUUCGGAUACGUGCAAGAAGACCCAUGCAAAAGUUAUCCUGGGGUAUGCAAACCAAAAAUUGAAUGUCCACAGGGUUCCCUUGCCAAGAUAAAUGGGCGCUGGAGCUGUCCCAGCAGUCCGGAUGGGAUCGAGUGCUGUCCUUCCGGGGGUGGAGGGUACAAACAGGAAGAACCUUGCACGAGUUACCCGGGCGUUUGUAAACCGAGUAGCGAAUGUCCGCGUGGAUCUCUGGCGAAAAUAAAUGGUCAAUAUUCCUGCCCCUCGUCCCCCAAUGGGAUUGAAUGCUGCCCCACGGGCGAUGGUGGUGGGGGUGGUGGUGGCGCAGGCGCUAUUGUGGCCGCGGCGCGACGCCAAAUUGGACAACCGUACGUGUGGGGUGGGGGCAACAAGGAUGGUCCGACAAACGGGGGUUUUGACUGUUCUGGACUUUCGCAGUAUGCGGUUUAUCAAGGCGUGAGAAAAGUGGUGCCACGAACGGCGCAGACGCAGUAUGAUUAUGGGGGAUGUGCCAGCGUACCGCUGGGGUCGAGGCAGGCGGGGGAUUUGAUUUUCUGGGGGAAUGGAAGCGGGGUUUAUCAUGUCGCGAUAGUUUCCGGGUAUAAUACGGUCGUGUAUGCGCCACAACAGGGAGAGAGGGUAAAGGAGGGGCCACUUUAUAAUCAGGGAGAGUUGAAGGGUGCGGUCCGUAGGUGUUGGUAAAUACGUAUGCAUGUAAUUAGGCAAUAUGUAUUCACCUGUUAAUAAAAUACUGCUGUGUAUACAGAUAAUCAUCUGAAAUACGUGAUUAUUAAAUUUUGUGUCUGUAA